UGCUUUUCUACAGGCAUCAGGUAAAUACUCAUUAGGAAACUGUCCUCACAGCAUCGUUCCUAUGACCUAGAGUACCUCAAGCUGCUGCAGCUAAUCUAGUUUCCAUCUGCGUAGCUCCACAAGCAGGCAGUUUGCAUGGGGGGAGACAAAAUGAAAAAUUCAUCCGUGUGAGAGAUAUAGUUGUAGUCUUAAUUGAAGUCUAACCGCUUGGUGUCGUGUUUAUCCAGGAGUGUAAAGACACCCAGUGAGUUGGUGGAUCGCUGCCCACUUCCUUGCUGUGUGUAAAAAAUUGUAUUCAUGUUACGUUUGAUUAUUUCUGUAGAGAUACCGUAGACACAGAUUUUUAAAGUGGGUGAAUACAGUAUUUCUUUUUGUGGUUUGCAUAAAAAGAUCUGAAACCUUUGCGCUGGCUUCACUGGAGCCAGCGAUGACAGUGAGGUAUUAAGUGGAUUCCCUGGCUGACAGCAGCUUCAAAGCCUCCCAGACAGCGAUGGAUGUGCCGGUGGAGGGCUUAAAUGUUCGCUACAAGGAAGAAGACGGGACAGUGUUCUUUGAGAGCUAUAUUCCUCCCUCUCGGGAUGCUGUCCACCUGCCAACCUAUGUCCUCUACCUGCUCAUGGCCAUCCUCAUCCUGCUGGGUGUUCUCUAUGCCAUCAUCGGCCACCUCAUUAAAGACCUCAUCCAUGAUAUUGCAGACUGGCUCUUUGGGGAGCAGCCUGAGGAGGUGGUGGUGAACUACUGUGAGGCCAAGGAUAAGUUCAUGGCAGACUGGUGCCCAGAAACCUCCCCUGAACUGGAGGCGAUGGCCAGGGCUGAAGAGAACAAGAUUGUUGACAGGGACUUCAUGAAAUCUCCCGCCAUCUGGAUCAUCUCUGCAGAACCUCAGGCGAGCAGGAAAGGGCCCCGUGUGGUCUUUGGGAAGAGGACUUAAUCUUGAUGAAGACCUUCUUUAUCUGCUGUGUUUGUUACCUAUACAGAGUAGUGUAGUGAAUGGCUGUAUUGAAGCACAACUGUGUGAGGCUGAAAAUGGGUUAUGAUAUAGUAGACACAGCAGGGAUCUCAUGCUUGAAGUGCGGAGCACUUGAGUGCACGGUGGUGUUAUGAGGACAUCUAGUGUCAAUUGAAGUCAUUGCAGCUGAUUUGCAGCAAUACACAAGAACCACAUCACACACAGAAAUACCAGCACAAGUUUGCUGGUCACAUAUUAAAAAAUAAAAGAAAAAAAACUAUAACAUGCCUUAAGUCACCUCUGAUAAAGAUUAUAUACAAAGUAUAAGAGGAUAUUGCUGCUUUCUGUUAAUGACUGUAUUUAUGUCUCCUCUGUAGUGCAUCUGUGGUAGUUGUCAAAAGUCAAGUGUAU